AUGCACACGGUUGCUCCUCCAUGGAGGAGGCGGUUGUACAUCGACGCUGCUCUGCGAUGGGUCACCUGCUGCGUUUCAAUGUUUCUAUGCAAGACUUAGUGCUGUGCCUGCUGGAUGUACUGAAUGCUGGUGUGAAGUAGUUUUGCGUUUUGGUUUUCCGGGGACGCGCCUCCCGCAGCCCAGGGCACAAAGAAGUGAGGCUACCAGAUAUCUACCAGAUAUAUGUCCGGAGGUGUCGCAACCCCCCCCGCCCCCUGUGAUUUACGAAUUUGUAGAUACAGGGUAUGUAGCUGUUGUUCCGUGCCCCAGCAGCAAUUUUGAGCAGUCGAGAGAGGCUGUGGGUGAAAUCGAGCACAAAGAGAGAGAGAGGCAGAGAGAGAUACGUGCGGCAACUAACUGGUGUGAUGACGAUGCCUUAUGUAACGUGUGCGCCUAUGUUGUGUGGUUGUACCUGUUGAUGCCCAUGGGUGGAGGAGAGGGUAGAUCGACGCUGCUCUGCGGUUCCUAACGGGAGCACAGACACACAGGUAGCUGCUAGGAACUGCUGCUGCUGUAGUAAUACACAACUAUUGGUGCUGGCUGGCAAGCCGUGGUGGUGCUUGGUAGUAACCCUCUCUAGUAGUAGUAGUAGACAUGAUGCAGCCCAGCAGCAUGCUCUUGUGUAUUUGUAUGGGUUGCCUGCUGUGUUGCUAAUUUCUACUGCUGUGCCGUGUGUGUCGAAUGUGUAGUGCCGUGUUGUGCUUUGGCGUUUUGGUUUUCCGGGGACGCGCCUCCCGCAGCCCAGGGCACAAAGAAGUGAGGCUAAGCCAGAUAUAUGUCCGGAGGUGUCGCACCCCCCCCCCCC